GUCAAUUAACAGCUUCUCUCUUUCAAAGAAAGCAGAAGACAAGUCAGCGUUAUGUAUACCUUAACUAUACUGUACUAAAGAGAGCGAGAAAGAGAGAGCUAACUAACAUAUACAUAGUCUAGCUACAUUAAUCUGCAGAGAUGGGAAGAGCUCCUUGCUGCGAGAAAGUGGGAUUAAAAAAAGGCAGAUGGACAGCUGAAGAAGAUGAACUCUUGACCAAGUACAUUCUUGCCAAUGGAGAAGGUUCUUGGAGAUCACUACCGAAGAAUGCAGGGUUGUUGAGAUGUGGUAAGAGUUGCAGACUGAGAUGGAUUAAUUACUUAAGAGCAGACUUGAAGAGAGGCAACAUCACUAAAGAAGAAGAAGAAAUUAUCGUUCAGUUGCGCUCAACUUUCGGCAACAGGUGGUCUUUGAUAGCUACUCAUCUACCGGGAAGAACUGAUAACGAGAUCAAGAAUUAUUGGAAUUCUCAUUUGAGCAGAAAAAUUUAUACCUUCUGCAAGAAUAACGAUUCCCUACCCACCACCGCCAUAAAGAUAACUAAUAUCGCCGGAACAUGCAAAUAUAGAGGUGGCAAAGUGAGCCAAUCAGCAGUGAAAAAACACAAGGGCAACGCGUUAAUGUUAGUGGCAAGGAGGCCGCCUAAGACUAAGAGUGGUCAAACCCUAAAAGAAACAGUAGUUGAAGAAGCAACAAAACCCAAUAACGACAAAGGCUGUCCAGUUCAAAUCGAUGAGAAUGGACAAAUAAUGGGUUUGGUCCCAACAGAAGGCCCUACGAAUACUAUAAGAGACGUUAGAGAUGAUUCUUGCAUAGGUAGUGGCGAAAGAUCAUUAAUUAAUGCAGCUGGAGUCUUCCCUAGAAAUGGAGAUGAUGAAGAAGAAGAGGAUUGGGGACCAUAUGAAUGGCUAGACAGUGAAAUAAAUCGCCUUAAAUACGCUCUGGAAGGUGAAACUGCAGUUCUAAAUGAAAAUAAUGCCCUCAAUAAAGAGAAAGAAGAGGAAGAAGACAAUGGCAGUAGGGUUGGUAUGGGUCCAGACAGAGUGGCUAGUAUUGAUCAAGAAAGAGAAAGCAGUUCUUGUGCUACUGCUUGGAGCUCAUCAAAUGCAGAAAGCGGGGAGUUUUAUAUUUGUGGGCCAUCGCCUGUGAAUUUAGGGUUUGAUGAGGAAUGGUAUAAUUUGAGCUUUGAUUGGGACGGUACAGUAGGAGAAGGUAUAAGUGAUGAUAAUAGAAGGGAAUUUUGGGAUGAAGGGGACAAGAUUCUUCUUCCAUGGUUGUGGAGCUAAUAAUAGACAACAAUAAUAUAUAACAUUAGUUUUAACUUUGCUCAUAAUUAAAUGUGUUUAGGAAAGGAAUUAUUAUGAGCUGAACUGUGUUUUGUCGUAUUUGAUGUAGUGGUUUAGGAAUUUUUGAUUUGAAGAUUGGUUGGCAUUGUAAUGGUUGAAGUUUAGGAAUUAUUUCAGUUAACUUUUUUUUUAAACCAAAAAAUAAAAAUAAUAAUAAAUGAUUGAAUUGUAUCUUC